GUGGGCGGGGCCAGAGCCGGCGCGGACUACCCGGAUCUGCCAGGAAGAGCUGUCACAGGGGACAUAUAUGAAAAGUUUAGAAGCUUUGAUGCAUGAGUAGACAAGAAGUGAUGAAUGAACGAUCUCAAUUUCACAUUUUUUGGGGGGCUCCAAUUGGUCCACUGAAAAUGACAGUAUCACAAGAACGGGAUUCUUUAACAUCUGCUGCUGAUCCCUGGAAAAAAUUUUGUCUCUUAUACAAUCAACAUUCUUCACACAUGAAGGGCGGCAAAUGCAAGCAUAGAAAUCUUGACGACUAUCAGAUCCCAGAGACUGUUGGCCCUGAAGACCUUCUUAGUCACCAUUUUCCAACAAACUCUAAUAAUAGAUCAGUUCAUGUGAAGGAUGACUUUAUAAACUGUCCUUCUGAAACACAGAGUAUAAAAUGCCAGGAGAUUCACCCAUCUGAGAUGAAUGAUACAACUAAUUCUGAUGUGCAAAUGUGUGAAUUUAAGUGCAGAGUUCAACAUUCAGUGGAAGAAGAAAAGUGUCAAACUCUUAUCAGUAGAAAUGAAAAGAUCACACAUGAACAGCAUAAAAAUACAUCAAAUACCUGUGAUAAAAACCUUCAGAAUAAUUCCCUUCUGUUGGAUCAUAAAUGUGCAGUUGCGUUGGAUUUGGGGUAUGAUACUGAACAGACUAACACAAGGUCAAGAGCUGGUGAAACAAAGUGUGUACCAGCAGAACAUCAUGAAAUACAAAAGUUCUUUUCCUCUAACACAGUAGCCAAGUCAAAAUCUGCAGGUACAGUUAGGAAAAUCUCGGAUCUUAAAAUAUCCACAGAUACCGAAUUUCUCAGUAUAAUGACCUCCAGCCAGGUGGCAUUUUUAGCUCAAAGGGAGUAUACAUGUCAGGAUUCUAUAAAUAAAGACACUAUGAACUUGGAGACUGAGCCAAAGAAAAGUCAUGGGGAAGUAAGAAUAACUAAAGACCAUUUUCAGCCUAGUGAUAACUUCACAGGAGGAUGUGAAGAUGGACAAAAUGAAGCACAUUCCCUUGAACUUUUUAGUCCUAUUUAUCCUGAAACAGAAGAUAACCACAUUCACAUAAACUCUGAAAAAGGUCUUGAAAAAAAUAUAAGCUCUGAAGAGCAAUUGCCACCAAAUGAGACAUAUAUUAAAUUGUGUAACUCAGGGCUAUUGUGUUCCCAAUUAAAUACCUUCCAUCAAAGUUCUGUUAAAAGAAGUCACACCUCUGAAGGUCAAUCAGGCCACUCUAAAAUCCUUCACGUAUCUAAAAAAAUUAAGUUGGUUUCUAAUGCAAGAGAAGUAAACCAGAAGAAGGUGUCUAAGUUUAAGGGUAUUACAAAAACAUCAUUAAUAAAAGACUGUGAUUCAAAAAGUCAGAAGUAUAAUUGUUUAGUCAUGGUGUUAUCUCCAUGUCAUGUGAAAGAAGUAAGCAUAAAAUCUGGGCCAAAUGCUGGCUCUAAGGUGCCACUAGCAACAAUUGUAGUAACUGACCAAUCCAAAAUUCAGAAAAAAGUUGUUCUGUGGAGAACUGCAGCAUUUUGGGCGCUCACAGUGUUUCUUGGAGACAUACUACUACUCACAGAUGUUACUGUUCAUGAAGAUCAUUGGGUUGGUGAGACAAAACUGCAGUCAACAUUUACCAGUCAGUUAUUAAAUCUUGGGAGUUGUUCGUCUGUCCAGCCUGAAGAAUAUUCUAAUAUUGUUAGUGAUGUUGUACUUCAAGAUUUACUGGAUUAUGUAUCUGUAAAACAUUUCUAUCUCCAAAAACUUCCCCAGCGGCAGUUUCAGAAAAUGAACAGUAUAGAAUUUGUAGAAUUGGAGAAGCUACAGCCUGACACCUUAGUCAAUGCAGUACUAAGAGUUGUGGAUAUCAGUAUACUGACGGAGGCAAUAUACAAUUAUAGAGGACAAAAGCAAAGGAAAAUUAUGUUAACAGUGGAGCAGGUCCAAGGUCAACAUUAUGUGCUUGUAUUAUGGGGUUUUGGGGCAGCUUGGUUCCCUCAACUUCAAAGGAAAAAAGAUUACAUCUGGGAAUUCAAAUACCUUUAUGUUCAGCGCAAUUGCAUCCUAGAAACCCUGGAAUUGCAUACAACACAUUGGUCAUCCUGUGAGUGCCUGUUUGAUGAUGACAAGAGGUCAAUUGCAUUUAAAGCAAAAUUUCAUAAAAGCACAACCUCCUUAGUGAAGAUGUCAGACUUAGCAACACACCUGGAGGAUAGGUGCUCAGGAGUGAUUCUUUUCCAAGUUCAGAUUUUGGAGCUAGUGUUUCCUGGUCCAGAAGCUUCAAAUAUAGUUCUGAAUGCUCACAGUUCUCUGAAAAGUAUUUACUCUUCUCUUCCCAAUAUCAUAUAUACUGGCUGUGCAAAAUGUGCAUUGGAACUGGAAGUAGAUGAGAACAAGAUCUAUAAACAAUGCUUUAGCUGUUUGCCACUUGAUGCAAAGAAAAUAUACUAUAGGCCAGCUUUAAUGACCAUAGUUGAUGGAAGAGAUAAAAUUUGUAUCCAUGUAGGAUCAAAACUUAUAGAGAAGAUCCUUCUCAACAUCCCUCCUGACUGGCUCAAUAGAGUUAUAGACCAUCCCUCAGGAAUCACCUACGGCCUGGUCGCGGCAGACUUGUUUCACUCCUUACUGGCUGGUAGCGGAACACCUUGCAUGGUGAAGGUACAGAGCCUCUUUGUGUUAGAUGAAAACAGCUACCCACUACAACAAGAUUUUUCUCUACUGGAUUUUUACCCUCAUGGUGUCAUUUCCAAGAGCGCGUGAAGAAACUCCAGGCACUCCAAGGAAGAACUACUGGGACGAUUUGUCUGUAGGCAUCAAUGAAUGACAGGACUUUACUCUGGGUUUUUAUAUCAGUAUGUUUUGUAAUGAGACUUUUGCUAAAUAUAUUUUUAAACUUAUUUUUUUUCUUAAAAUGAGGACUUUGUUUAUUUUUGUUUGUUCCUAUUCAUACUUCUAGAGAAAUGAUCUAGAAUGAAUGGUCAUUCUGCUUAGUCCCUGAUGUGUUCCAGUUACUGUUGAUGUUAAGCAUUGGGACGAUAUAGGAAUUGCUUUCUUCUCUACACGCUAUGAAGUUUUAUUUCCCCUUAUCGCUAGCAUAGUAAAUUACCAACAUGGAACGACUUCCAUUAUAACUAUGUAGGGUUAUGGAUUAGUUUGCAUUAGUGUGUUUAGUGACAUUUUAAGAUAAGCAUGCUUUCCCAUUGGGUUGUUGGAAAAGUCAUGACUCCAUUUUGCAUAGAAAAAAAUACAUCAUGAUUUUUCUGACAGCUCAAUACACAGAAUAUUGAAAAUGAAAGAAACAGAAUCCUGUUUCAAUUCAUUAUAAAGGGAGAAGACCCACACUGUCACUGUAAUUCAUUGGUAGAAUUACAAUGCCUUGGUGAAUUUAUUCACCAAUUAACAUUUAGUAGACAGUAUACCAUGUUUGCAUGCCGGAAACUCCAGAGAGCCCAGGUUUGAUCCCUCAUGCCACCAUAUGCCAGAAUUGAGUAGUACUCUCUUCUCUCUCUCAUGGAAAAGAACACUAAAUAUUAAAAUGACAAUUAGGUAGUUUAAGAGUAUGAGUCUAAAAAAAAGGGGGGGGGCCGGGUGGUGGCGCACCUGGUUGAACACACGUGUUAUAGUGCCCAAGGACCCAGGUUCGAGCCCCUGGUCCCCACCUUUUCCAAGGGAAAAGCUUCAUGAGUGGUGAAGCAGGGCUGCAGGUGUCUCUCUGUUUCUCUUCUUCUCUGUCAUUUCCUUCUCUCUAGAUUUCUGACUGCCUCUAUCCAAUAAAUGAAAAUAAAGAUAAUUAAAAAAAUUUAAAAAAAGAGUAUGAGUCUAAGUCCAGCCUCCCAUGGCAUUGAAGGAAGUUUUGAUGCUGUGAUUUCUCUCUACGCUCUUCUGCUUCUGUUUCUGUCUCCCUCUCUCUCUGAAAAAGUUAGCCCAGAAGGGAAGAUGUGAUGGUGACCAAAGAGGGUCAAGUGAAAGAAUAUCAGUUAAAUUUAUAAAAAUAAAUAAAGUAAAAAAAAAGAAGGUAAAAAAAAAGACACCAGCUGAUCUAGGGUGUGAGUGGAGUCCCGGUUGCAAGAUUGUGGAAAAGGACCUCAGAUGGAGGUGAGGGUGUUUUGUAGACACCGAUCAUAGGGAAUUGAGAGAUUGU